GGGAUCACCCAGAACCGAGCAGGAGCACAGGGACCCCCGGGAUCACCCAGAACCGAUCAGGAGCACAGGGACCCCCGGGAUCACCCAGAACCGAGCAGGAACAGAGGACCCCCGGGCCGCCCGUGCCGCAGGCAGCAUGGCGCAGUGGCAGGAGGUGCAGAGCUUGGCCAACACCUACCUGGAGCAGGUGCACCAGCUGUACGCGGGCUCGGCGCUGCCCAUGGCCGUGCGGCAGUGCUUGGCCGCCUGGAUCGAGGACCAGAACUGGCGCCAGGCGGAGGAGCCGCUCUCCUCGCACGCCCCGAUGCUGUUCCACUCCUUGCUGGUGCUGCUGGGCGAGCGCCUGGGCAGCCUGGGCUCGGGCUACGAGGAUUUCAUGCUGAAGCACAACCUGCGCAAAGCCCACCGCGACCUCCAGGCCGAGUUCGCGAAGAAGCCGGAGAAAUUCGCCAACCUGGUGGCCAACCUGCUGCAGGAGGAGCGGCGGAUCCUGCGCCUGGGGCAGGCGGGGGGGCAGGGGGGCUCGACCCCCGCGCCCAGCCCAGCCCCGGAGAGCGGCCGGGAGCAGCAGAUCCAGCGGCGCUUGAGCGAGUUCCACACGGCCCUGCAGGAAGCCGACCGAGCCUUCAGGCACCUGGAGGAUUUGCAGGAUGCCUUUGACUUCUGCUACAAGGUGCACUACCAGCCAGAGAGGGAGAGGAGCAGGGACCCCGAGUACAGGCAGGAGCUCCAAGCGCUCCAGGCCAAGCUGCAGAACCUGGACCGGCAGCGGAGGGAGGUGCUGGCUCAGAUGCAGCAGCUCCUGGGGCGCAGCGAGACCCUGCAGGAGCUGCUGCGGGAGGAGCUGGGGGACUGGCGGCUGCGGCAGCAGCGCCUGUGCCUGGGGGGCCCCGGCGACACCAACCUGCGCCCGCUGGAGACCUGGUUCACGCAGCUGGGCCAGGGGCUGUUCCAGCUGCGGCAGCUGCUGCGGGCGCUGAGCGACCUGCGACAAAAAGUGACCUACGAGAGGGACCCGCUGGUGGCAGAGAUGCCCCUGCUGGAGCAGCGGCUGCAGGAGCAGCUCACGCACCUGCUGGAGAGCGCCUUCGUGGUGGAGCAGCAGCCCAGCACCCCCAACCCCGGCAAGCGCCCGCUCGUGCUCCGCACCGCCAGCAAAUUCUCCACCCGCGCCCGCCUGCUCGUGAGGCUGCACGACCGCAACCACCGCAUGGAGGCCAAGAUCCACAUCGACAGGGACCCGCCCAGCAUCAAAGGGUUUCGCAGGUUCAACAUCCUCACAUCGAGCAGCAAAACGCUCCUGGCCGGGGACAGUCCCCAGGAGGGGCUGGUCUGCGACUUCCAGUACCUCACGCUGAAGGAGCAGAAGGACAGCAGGGCUGGCAAGGGCGGUGUCACCUCCUGGCAGGGUCCCCUGGCCGUGACGGAGGAGCUGCACCUCAUCACCUUCACGCUGGCCUACGCCUACUGCGGGCUGGAGCUGGAGCUGGAGACCACCACGCUGCCCUUCGUCAUCAUCUCCAACAACAACCAGUUCUCCAGCGCCUGGGCCUCCAUCCUCUGGUUCAACAUGCUCAGCUCUGACCCCAAGGCCCAGCAGUUCUUCUCCUCACCCCCCCCGGCCCCGUGGCCCCGGCUGGCCGAGGUGCUGAGCUGGCAGUUCCAGAGCGUGGCCGAGCGGGGCCUCAGCCGGGAGAACCUCCUCAUGCUGGCCGAGAAACUCCUGGGCUCGAAGCCACCACCGGACAGCAGCGUGGCCUGGCCCAAGUUCUCCAAGGACGGAGCCGCCGGCUUCUCCUUCUGGGCGUGGCUGGACGGGAUCCUGGGGCUGCUGCAGGAGCACCUGAAGCAGCUCUGGAAGGACGGACUCAUCCUGGGCUUCGUGAGCCACAAGCAGGAGAAGAAGCUGCUCAAGUCCAGGCUGACGGGGACGUUCCUGCUGCGCUUCAGCGAGAGCGUCCUGGGCGGGGUCACCUUCACGUGGGUGGAGCACCACGAGAAAGGAUCCCCCUCCUUCCACGCCGUGGAUCCCUACACGGCCUCGGAGCUGGUGUCGCUGGCGCUGCCCGACAUCAUCCGCGACUACCAGAUGAUGAUGGAGGAGAACAUUCCAGAAAACCCCCUCAAGUACCUGUACCCCAACACCCCCCGGGACGAGGCUUUCGGGCCCUACUACAGCCAGAGGCAGGAGGGGAACCUGAACGAGUCCAAGAAGUACCUGAACCGGCGCCUGAUCCGCGUGUCCUCCAGGCAGCCCAGCAAGUGGCAGACAGAAGAGGAGCUGGUGGUGGCCACGGAGAACCUGGAGACGCUGCAGCUGCAGCCCGGAGGGCAGGGGACACAGCAGUCUGGUGGCCUGGCAUUGCCACAGCCCCAGAGCUUGGGGACACCCCAGGUCCCCCCUGGGAACGUGGGGACACCUCAGGGGGUGGCCACAAGCCCAGGGAUACUGCAGGUCCCCCCUGGGAAUGUGGGGACACCUCAGGGGGUGGCCAGCAGGCUGGGGAUAGCACAGGUGACACUGCCGGUCACCCCUGGGAACCUGGGGACACCACAAGUGGUGGCCAUGAGCCCAGGGACACUGCAGGUCACCCCUGGGAACCUGGGGACACCACAAGUGGUGGCCACGAGCCCAGGGACACUGCAGGUCACCCCUGGGAACCUGGGGACACCACAAGUGGUGGCCAUGAGCCCAGGGACCCUGCAGGUCACCCCUGGGAACCUGGGGACACCACAAGUGGUGGCCACGAGGCCGGGGACCCUGCAGCCCACGGGCUUGGGGACGUUUCAACCACAGCCCCAGCGCUUGGGGACACCACAGGUGGGAUCAGGGGUCCCCAACCUCCAGGGGACAGUGCAGGUGGCACCGGGGGCCGUGCAGGUGCUGCCUGGGGGGGUGGGGAUGCUGCAGGUGGGCUCGGGGGGUUUGGGGAGCCUGCAGCUGCUGCAGGGGGAGCAGGGGACAGCGGCUGUGGACACGGGGACGCUGCAGCCGGUGCCGGGAGCUGCGCAGCCACCGCAGCUCCCCGAGGAGCAGGGGACACUGCCACCGGAGCUGAGGGACCUGGAGCUGCUGCCGGGCAGCCAGGACAUGCAGGAGCUGCUGCAGGCACUGGAGGGGCCGGACCUGGGCUCGGGGACUCUGGGGACGCUGGAACUGGCGGAGCUGAUGCCGAACAUGGAAACCUUCGAGGAGAAUUUCCAGCUGAGCCCCGGCAGCGCCGCUCUCCUGGACCACCACGACCCGUUCCUGCCGCAGUCCGAGGAGUUGCCCCUGCCCGCCGCCCCCUCCCUCUUCUCCUCCACCGACUUUCCCCCGCUCCACAUCGACGCCAGCGACUUCCAGUGACCCCUCCCUGUAAAUAAACCCCUUUCCCACGCUCUCCCUGUAAAUAAACCCCUUUCCCACCCCUCUCCCUGUA